UCUCGUUGCAAGGCGUUGCAAGGUGAAUCUUGCAACGGCUUGCAACGAGACGGUUUUAGAACGUCGCAGGGGCGGUGUGAACGGGUCGCUGCAAGCCGUUGCAAGGAGUUGCAAGGCGUCGCAAGGAGGAGUCGCCAGAGAUUGAACAUGUCAAAUCGCAAGGUCCAGUUUUAGAACGCGGCGAUUGAACGAUUCCUCUUCAGCCAAUCACAGCACAGAACAACUUGUCCGUCACGGCCUCACUCCGUCCCGGUACCGUACUGUCCACUCCAGCAUAAAAAGAUCCGAAGAUGGCAGACUUCUGGUCCGAGGAGAGGGAGGAGAAUUUAAUUGGGUUGCUGGAGGAUCAACCUGUCCUAUACGACGUCGGCAGCAAGGGGUACAGCAACAGGGACAGCAAGAGGAGAGCGUGUUGUGACAUCGCGGUGGCGCUUGGUGUAUCCGAAAAAGAGGUGGGCAAGAAGAUCCACUCCCUCCGGACGCAGUACAACAGGUACAGCAAGGCACCAGCUCCGGGGAGGGCCGGUGGGAGAACUGGCAGGCAGGACUGGGUACUCAGGAGGCUCUCUUUCCUGGAGCCAUAUAUCAGGAAGAGAGCUUCUUCGUCCAACGUGGAUGAAAAGAUUGUUGAAAGAGAGAGUGAUGAUGUGGAGGGACUGGACGAGGAAGAGGACGUGGAGGUAGAGGAGAGCAGUGAACCUGAGGGACAAGGCAGCACCUGCCUCGUCCCUCAGGUUCAGAAGGUCGCAGGCAGUAAAAGAAAGAGGCAAACAGAAAAGCAAGAAGAUGAGGUCCUAAGUGCCGUUGGCAAUUUUCUGAGAAACAGGACGGAACAGAGGGAGGAGGACACAAUGUCAAUCUUUUGUAAGAACCUCGAGAUGAAAAUGAGGCGAAUCAAGGACCCAAAUAUUUUAUUAGAUUUAGAGCACCAGCUGGAGGAAGCCUGCUACCAGGCUUCACUUAAAGAUAGAGACAACCAAGCCCCCCAAGGCACAGAAAGGAAAGGUAAUCCCUAAUAGUCACAUCACUGUAAAAUAUCUCUGUGACGUCAUCGAACACAAAUGGGCGACGUUGUGUUUGUGAUGCAAUGGUUAGGGUUAGGGUUAGGGUUAGGGUUAGGGUUAGGGUUAGGCUACAUCCAUCCCAGCUAUCACCAUGUGAUCGCUCACACCAUGAUGAGAUGGAAAUGAUCCUCGAAACACGUUAUCUAUUGAACAGGAUAACUUACUGCUCAGCAUUGAUGCGAUUUAUACAAGCCAAGAAAUAAUAUAUUUUUUAAAUUUUAUUGAUGUAGAAUAGUAAUUUCAGAUCAUAAAUAUCAAGGGCUUUAACCAUUUGAAUUGGUGAUGAUAAAAUAUAAAGGUUGUUCUGUGUUAUAGCUCGAUGUUGCAAUCGGUACAGGUUAUUUGCCAAAUCUACAUCAGUUCUGUUGGUUUCCAAAUAAAACUCUAAACUCAUCCAACCUCCUGUGUCUCUGUCUCUGAGUGUAGAUCAGGGAAACGCACUGAAGUCCAUCUUAGUCUGAUGCUUAUGUGGGAUCAGCGUUU